UUCUCCCAGCGUCAGAAGCCCAAAACUAGGGAGAGAGGGACCGGGAGAGAGGGACAGAGAAAUAUUGCAGAGAUGCCUGUGAGAGUGGUGGACAACACACAAAUUCCGCAAGUUUCAGGUGUGAAUUCUGGAUAUACACUCUCUCCUUGUACACUUCUGAGUGUGGGACAAGCUUUUGCUGGUACUCAAAAUGUUUCGAGCAUUCAAAAAGAGGAGGCAUGGAGGGUGAAUGUGCGAAUCCAGGGUUGUGAUCUAGAUCAUGGCUACCUAUGUGGCACUAUGGAAGCACUUAAUGUUCCAUUGGCUGAAACGCCAGUGGUGACUUUUUGGGAGGGAGAGAUUGUUGAUAACAAGAAUUACACCUUUUUUACUGGAAAAUGGGACGCGAAGCCAGACAAUGAUGUGAGACACUGGUCCAAGUUUCAAUCCUUCUCUCCCCUUCAGAACCAAGUCGAGGCUGAUGGUGGGAAAUCAUUGGACCUGAGUAAUUAUCCUUACAUAUUUAUGAGAUGGAAGGAGCUGUAUUUUGUGAAUGUUGGGAAGGAUUGUGGGUUAACCAUUGCAGGCUUCUACUAUGUCUGCUUCUCAUGUAGCGAUGGUUCAAUUAACGGAUUCUAUUAUGAUCCUAAUAGCAGCCCGUUUCAGAAGCUGGAGCUGAAGGCCACAAGCGAGGGGAAAUCAGGUUUCAGCUUUUCCUCUUAUGAGUUUCAGUAAAAUAAUGAAAUGAAACCGCCAUGUUCUCUUACACUUCAAUUAUUUGUUUGGGAAAGUUAUAAACAUUAUCUGUGGAGCUGUAUUUUAUGUAUAUGUAUUAGAAUGCACUGCUCUAAUGGUGAAAUUAGAAUUUUCUACUA